GCACUACAGUUUUAUGUUUUGUCUCUUUCUUACACAUUGUUAAAUUUAUCAUUGAUCGCACACGUUUGUUCACAUUGCAUCCAUUCCUGCGCACCCUGAGCACAUUAUACGCUCAAUCGCAAAAUCAUUUUGUUCGUAAAACAACAAAUUUCCAAAGAACAAAAUGGCUGGUGGUGAUGAUGCUGCAGCAGCUAAGGACUUGAAGGGUCUGAGCAAAAUCUUUAAUGGAGCCACUACCAGAGGAAGGGCGCAUGUUGCAAUGGCCACCUAUGCAAGUGUAGGACUUUUGGUAGCUUAUUUCACCCUUAAACCCAAAUCCAAGAAGUAAUCAUGUAUCUAAUUGUGUGUAGAUUAAUAAAUAUUUGUUAGAAAUAUCAA